AUGGCUUUGACAGAGGGAGUCACCGAAGAACGUCUCAGGAUGAAAAUCUUUCCCUACACAUUGAAAGAUAAAGCAAAGAUGUGGCUAAACUCCUUAAGGCCUGGAUUACUGACUAGCUGGACAGAGUGUCCUCACCAUGGUUUGCCUACUCUAGUUCUCAUGCGUAUUUUUUACAAGGCACUAACCGUUUCGAGUAAGGCUGCAGUGAAUAACUAUGCAGGUGGAUCUAUUAAAAACAAGACGCCAACUGAAUGUCAAACCUUGUUUGAUACGCUAGCAAUCGAAACACAGCAUUCUGAUACAAGAGGUAAGCGUGCCGGAAUUUAUGAAAUUGGUAGUUCUAAUGCUUUUGCUUCUAAAGAGCAAGUUGACGCUAUAACCAGCAAAUUGGAUGCCUUGCUUGCUAUGAAUGGUAGAGUACCCACACAAGAGAUUUGCUCCAUUUGUGCUGUUCCCGGUCAUGCCACCAUAUCGUGUCCUUAUGGAGUUGAUUUUCCAGAAUGUUUGCAAGAACAAGCCAACAUGGUGAAUACCUAUAGACGUCCCGGCAAUGAUCCAUUCUCCAACACAUAUAAUCCGGGAUGGCAAAGGCACCCCAAUUUUUCAUGGAGCACCACUCAAAACGUACAAAAACCACCACCUGGUUUUCCACCUCAAGAGAAGAAAAUAAAUUUGGAAGAUGCUCUUACUCAGUUAACUAUGUCUACCACCCAAUUCAUGACUGAAACCAAAACCCAACUUCAGAAUCAGAGCGCUUCUAUUCGGAACUUGGAGGUGCAAGCAAUCACACUUCGAAAUGGGAGACUCAUCAAAACUGCUGUAGAUUUGGACGUAGAAAAGCACCACCAGCAGUUGAGAGAUACGGAAAAAGCUGAAGAAAAUGGUCGACCUGCCGCCGUAAGCUCCACCGAAAAUUCAGCAACAACGGCAAUAAAUUUGGAAGAGAAGACCAAUGAGCAAGCAUCCACAAAUCUCACCCCAAAAUCCUAUGUUCCACCGAUUCCUUUCCCACAACGCCUGAAGAAAAAUAAGAAGGAUGCACAAUUCUCCAAAUUUCUUGAAAUUUUUAAGAAAUUGCAAAUUACCAUUCCAUUUGGUGAGGCACUAGACCAAAUGCCAAACUAUGGAAAGUUCAUCAAGGACAUCUUAAGCAAAAAGAGACGUUUGGAAGAUACAGAGAUGAUGGAAUUGACAGAGGAGUGUAGCAUAGUAAUACAAAGUCAACUACCACCUAAGCGAACUAAUAUUUCUAUUCCUUGCACCAUUGGCACUAUUUCUUUUCAAAGAGCAUUGUGUGAUCUAGGUUCUAGUAUUAAUUUAAUGCCUUUGUCUGUAGCUAAAAGAAUUGGUUUGGGGGAAAUUAAGAAAACUAAUAUUUCUUUGCAGAUGGCGGAUAGAUCACUUACAUAUUCUCACGGCAUUCUUGAAGAUGUACUAGUGAAGGGGGAUAAAUUCAUAUUCCUAGCUGAUUUCAUAGUUUUGGAUAUGGAAGAAGAUGUCGACACUCCAAUUAUUUUAGGCCGCCCAUUUCUCAUUACGGGAAAAAUGAUAAUUGACAUAGAAAAAGGUUCUUUGAUCCUACGAGAUGUUGAUCAAGAGGUGGAAUUCAAAGUUUUUGAUGCAACCAAGUAUCCCAUUGAUUCGGAGUAUUGUUUUCGUUUAGAAGCAGUAGAUCAUGUUGUUCGACCACAAUUCAUAGCGGACAACCCAAAAGAUCCACUCAAAGCAAGUUUGGUUCAUGAGAUAGAGGUAGGAGAAGAGCCACACGUGCUCGAAAUGAUGAACUCAUUGGAAACAAAGGCCGUCCCAAUCACCAUUGCCGUACGAACCGGCACUUUGCAAAGAUACUUGGAAGAAAAUUGCAAUCAACCAAAGGAGACCUUCACUCUUCCUGAUCCCGGGUGA